AUACGCCCGGGUUAUAGCUCAGCGCGAGCCAGGCGGAUCUUCCCCAGUUGCACAGGAAGCAGCGGCCUUUGCAAUUCUCUUGCUUGGGUAUUUUUGCAAACAGCCAACGGCUCCAAGCCAGUGAGCUCCCGAUGUAUUAGACUGCCAUUCCAAUUCUCCUUAGCUUGUGUGUCCUUGGGAAAUAAUGGGAUCUGUAGUUCAACACCUCUGGAGAAAGUCGGUGGCGCCGAUACUGAAUAGGAACUGGUUUCAUGUCGGUGUAAACACGAUGUCUGUCCUCAAGAUCCACGCUCGCGAAAUCCUCGACUCCCGUGGAAAUCCCACCGUGGAAGUAGACCUCUAUACCGGCAAAGGUCUCUUCCGGGCCGCUGUUCCAUCUGGGGCUUCGACCGGGAUAUAUGAAGCCCUGGAGCUCCGUGACAAUGACAAGACUCGCUUCCUGGGGAAAGGUGUCUCAAAAGCAGUUGAGCACAUCAAUAAAACUAUUGCGCCUGCACUGGUUAACAAGAACAUUAGUGUUGUGGAGCAAGAGAAGAUUGACAAGCUGCUGCUGGAGAUGGACGGGUCUGAGAACAAGUCCAAGUUUGGAGCGAACGCGAUCUUGGGCGUCUCCCUGGCCGUGUGCAAAGCCGGUGCCUCUGAGAAAGGGGUCCCUUUGUACCGACACAUUGCCGACCUUGCCGGCAACAAGGAAGUCAUUCUGCCCGUCCCGGCUUUCAACGUCAUCAACGGUGGGUCCCAUGCUGGGAAUAAAUUGGCCAUGCAGGAGUUCAUGAUCCUCCCCAUCGGUGCCGAGUCCUUCAAGGAAGCCAUGCGCAUUGGGGCCGAGGUGUACCACAACCUGAAGAACGUCAUCAAGGAGAAAUAUGGGAAGGAUGCGACCAAUGUGGGCGACGAGGGUGGCUUUGCGCCAAACAUCUUGGAGAACAAAGAAGCUCUGGAACUGCUGAAGACCGCCAUCAGCAAGGCUGGAUACACCGACAAGAUUGUCAUCGGGAUGGACGUGGCCGCCUCCGAAUUCUAUCGCGACGGGAAAUACGACCUGGACUUCAAGUCCCCAGAUGACCCCAGCAGAUACAUCAGCCCUGACCAGCUGGCAGAGCUGUACAAGGGAUUUGUGAAGAACUACCCAGUGGUUUCCAUUGAGGACCCCUUUGACCAGGACGAUUGGGCUGCCUGGAAGAAGUUCACGGCCAGCGCAGGGAUCCAGGUGGUGGGGGACGACCUGACGGUGACCAACCCCAAGCGGAUCGCCAAAGCCGUGGAGGAGAAGUCCUGCAACUGCCUGCUGCUCAAAGUCAACCAGAUCGGCUCCGUCACAGAGUCCCUUCAGGCCUGCAAGCUCGCUCAGUCCAAUGGCUGGGGUGUGAUGGUCAGCCAUCGCUCCGGAGAGACCGAAGACACUUUCAUUGCUGACCUGGUGGUCGGGCUCUGCACUGGGCAGAUCAAGACAGGUGCUCCUUGCCGAUCCGAACGCCUUGCUAAAUACAACCAACUCUUGAGGAUUGAAGAGGAGCUGGGAAGCAAGGCCCGUUUUGCUGGCAAGAACUUCAGGAACCCGCGUGUCAACUAAGCGUCAACUAAACCGCAACGGGGCAGGCGAGGCUCCUUCGCGCCCCCCCCCCCCAGACACCCCCACCAAUCAUCCCCUUUGCACUAGUCACCUCAUUUAGCUGAAAUGCAAAAAACCCUUAGUACCUGUGUGCAACAAAAGAAGGCCACGGAUGGAACCAGACGAGUUUUGCAAAGCGUUGAAGGAUCCUCUCUAUUCUCCCAUUCUCCUGCUUUCGUGUGUGGAAGCUGUACACCUUGCAGUGCAUCCCGGAGUACCUGCAAAUGGGAAAGAGUUAGCCAUUCUCAUGCGAGGCCAAUAAAACGAGAAACACCA